AACCCAACGUGCCUCGUCCCUCUCCAGCACCUUCACGAGGCACACCCCGAGACCCUUUCCAAUGGCUUCUUCACCCGCCUCUCCCUCACCCGGCGUGGCCUCCCCUUACAUACCCUCAUAGUGGCUGUUCCCUAUUCCUCGUGAAAUAAGCAUACAUUGAGGGUUUAAAGAAGAGUGUUGUGCGCAAAGACGUACUUUUUAUUUCAUAUAUAGUGAAAAUAGAAGCAGCAGAAUGUCCAACGGCUACGAUAACCCCAGUUUCUCUAAGAAGAACGGGGAAGUUGCCAUAUCGUUGGAUGGGUCGUCAAAGAAGAGCCAGGCAGGGGAGGGCCUCACCUACUCAUGGGACAAGGUCAACGUGUUCGCCUCCACGACUCAGGGCUGCGGCAAGAAAAAGGUGACAAAGGAGAAGCAUAUCCUCAAAGACGUGACGGGAAUAUGUCGCCCCGGGGAGCUGCUGGCCAUCAUGGGGGCGUCGGGUGCAGGCAAGACCACGCUGCUCAACGUUCUCACCUUCAGGAGCGACAAUGCCCUCAAGAUUACAGGUAAACUCUUCAUCAACGGCAGGAAGUUGAACGCCGACAUGCUAACCAAGUCCUCGGCCUAUGUGCAGCAGGAGGACCUGUUCAUCGGCACCUUCACCGUCAGAGAGCAGCUAAUGUUCCAGGCCAACCUGAGGAUGGAUCGAGGUCUCACACUGAAGGAGAGAGUGGCAAGGGUGGAGGAGGUCAUGCAGGAGCUCAGCCUUACAAAGUGCGCCAAGACCCUCAUCGGAGUGCCGGGCCGCAUCAAAGGCAUCUCUGGGGGUGAGACCAAGAGGCUGGCCUUUGCCUGCGAGAUGCUGACCAACCCUCCUCUCAUGUUCCUUGACGAGCCCACCUCCGGCCUGGACUCCUUCAUGGCCCAGAGUGUGGUGCAGGCCAUGAAGACAUUAGCCAGCAAGGGCAAGACCAUCAUCUCCACCAUCCACCAGCCCAGCUCUGAGGUGUUCGCCCUCUUCGAUCGUGUCCUGUUGAUGGGUGAGGGCCGCCUGGCAUACCUGGGCAACACUCAGGGGGCCGUGUCAUUCUUCAAGGGGUUGGGCCACGUCUGCCCCAAGACCUACAAUCCUGCUGACUUCUUCAUCACUACACUGGCGGUGGAGCCCGAGAAGGAGGAGGAGAGUCAUGCCUUUGUUCACUCCACGUGCGACACCUUCGCCGUCUCCAGCGAGGGCCUGGCAAUGGCACGUGCCGUGGAGGAGAACAUGCAAGGCACUGCCAACGGGAACGUUGGCUCCUGGUACCAGAUGAGCAAGAAAUCUGUGUCGCCGUACAAGGUUGGCUGGGGGCAGCAGUUCAAGGCGGUGCUGAAGAGGUCGGUGCUGGCCAACACUCGGGAGCCAAUGGUGCUGAGGACUAAGGUGCUCCAGAUGAUUGUGAUAUCACUGCUGGUGGGGGUCAUCUACCUGAACCAGGAGAUGACGCAGGAUGGAGUGGAUAACAUCAAUGGUGCAAUCUUCCUCAUACUCACCCAAAUUAGCUUCUCCAAUACCAUGGGAGUUGUGAACGCAUUCUGUGUGGAACUUCCCAUCUUCCUCCGAGAACACUUCAAUGGCAUGUACCGAACUGACGUGUACUACCUCUCCAAGAACGUCGCAGAGUUCCCUUUUACCGUGGUUCUGCCCCUCCUCUUCCUCAGCAUUGCUUACUACAUGAUAGGUCUCUACGCCCCUGCCGAGAACUUCUUCAUCUGUUUCGGAAUCCUCGUAUUGGUGUCUAAUGCUGCUACAUCCUUUGGUUUCAUGAUUUCCUGCCUGGCCAAGGACCUCAACAUGGCCCUUGCAAUCGCUGCCCCUAUGCUCAUUCCACUCAUGCUGUUUGGAGGCCUCUUCAUCAAUGUGGAUUCCAUACCUGUCUACUUCAUCUGGAUCCGCUACAUCUCUUGGUUCAGCUACGGCAAUGAGGCGCUGAUCGUAAACCAGUGGGCCGACGUGGAGGAGAUUAAGUGUCCGGAUGAGGAAAUGUUCUGCAGAAAUAAUGGAACAGAUGUUAUUGAGCAGCUUGCUUUCGACCCGAACAACCUUGGCUUCGACUGUGGCCUUCUCAUCGUCAUCAUCAUCGUCUUCCGUCUCUGUGGGUUCCUGCUGCUGCUGAACAAGACCCGAAGAAAGACCAUCAAGCAGAUAGACUAAAGCAGGAAGCAGGUGAUGGGAGGGAGGGAGGGAAUGGGCUAUGUAUGGGAAGGAAGGAGGGAGUAAAUGAAGGGUUAGAAAAGAUGGGGGAAAGAAAAACAAGAAAGAAAGUAAAGGAGGAGGAAAGAAAGGAGUAAAAAGACCAACAUAUGAGGAGUAAGAAUUGUAUGGGAAGGAGGGAGGAAGUGAUGUGGUAGAAAGGAAGAUAGAAGAAAGAAAAAGAAGAAAAGGAUGAAAGUAGUGAGUGGAGGAAAGAGAGAAGUAAAAAAAGACCAAAAUAGAGUAAGAGGAGGAUAUUAAAAGUAGGAAGAUGCAGAUGGUAUAUAAGGAAGGGAUGAUGGGGGAGUGAGAUGAUGAGAGAGGAGAGGGAAUAGUUAAAAAAUAGUGGAGCAGAGUAUAUACAAUUGUAAAAUAAAGUCUUCUGUUCAGUAUAAUUUGGUCAGUAGAUAG